ACUAUUAUUAUUACUGUAACAAUUACCGCAAUAGUUGAUUUUUUCAAUGUACAAGCGAUCGCUUUAAUCUUAACAGAUUUUAAAAAGUGCGGUGUUUUAUAGGCAAAAUAUGGAUAUGGACAGUUUAUUGCAUACAGAUAAAACGCGCGUGAGGAGGCUGGUGUUGGAAAAAUUGGACAAAAGUGAGGAGAUACUUUGUAAGGAUGUGCAGCUGUUGAAAAAUUGGUUUAAAUAUCAGAAGCAUUUGCCACAGAUACCAUGUGAUAACAUCCUAGAGCUCUUCCUAAUCGUCAACAAGUUCAACCUGGAAAAAUGCAAAAAGCGCCUGGAAAAUUAUUUCACCAUAAGAAAAGAAAUCCCGGAUUUAUACGUGGAAAAGCAUCCGAACCUAGAGCAUAUGAGAAGCAUCGCUCAAACAGUCUACAUUAUUCCAUUACCGAAAUUAACUCCGUCACUGAGCAGGGUAACAAUUAUGAAAUUAAAAGAUUUGGAUCCGGAAAAGUUCGUGGCGUUAAAUUUUUUUGCCCACUCGUACAAUAUCGUGGAAAUCCGAAUUAGGGAGGACGUAGUCUUGACUGACACGAUUGUCUAUGACAUGGAGGGAAUCCAGUUAAGUCAUCUUUUGAAAUUAAGAAUCGGAGCCAUAAAAAAGUCUACAACUGUUUUAGAGAAAGUGUUUUCCAGUAGAGUUGAGGGUAUACAUUACAUAAACCUUCCUGCUUCCAUGCAAGUUUUUGUUAACCUAGUGAAGACUAUGCUGAAAGAGAAAAUACGGAAAAGAAUAUAUGUGCAUAAAAAUCUGGAAAGUUUGCAUGAACAUUUAACACAGAGUAUCUUACCAAAAGAUUAUGGGGGCACAGAGGCUUCCUUGGACGAGCUGCAUGAUUUAUGGAUUAGGAAAUUGGAUGCUAAUCGAGAGGUUUUUGAUUAUUUGGACACACUGGCCCCAAAAGGUCAAGAAAGCUGUAGUAAAAAUGACUUUUUGGCGGAGGAGGAAUUAUUUGAGAGUAAUUUUAGGAGUUUGUGUAUUGAUUAAGUUUUUUUAUGUAUGUACUCAAUUUUUAUUAGCAAUAUUUAAAUAUAAGUUAGACAUGUGUGUGCAAUAAAAAAUGUACCUAAAUUUUUAAUCAUAUCUUGAAUAUGCUAUUAAUUGAUCCGGGUCCAGAGCGGCAAACUUAUUGGAAUUAAUUAUAAAAAAAUUAUUUUUCAUUGAUGACGAAUUUUUUUGAUGCUGACUAUAGAAGAUUAGUGGGGGGCUUGAAAAAUUAAUUAUAAUAUUAACGUUACAGAUUUUUCUUGUAUUUAAUUGGACUGCCCAUCAUUAAUUAAAAAAUCUUAUUAAUAUCUAUGUUCAAUUAUUCAAUAUAUUUAACUGUCUAAAAGAAAUAAAAUUUGUUUUCCACGCAGCUAAUUUAGAGUCUCUUUCUAUCUCUGUCAGAUAAGCAAUGCAUUUUUAUCUUUGUUUAAUGGUUGAGUUCACUCAACUAUCUGGAAAGAAUAAAAAUAUUCUUCCAGGAAGUUGACUUAGAAUGUCUCACUCUCGUCUUCUUUCUCUGUUUAUCUAAUAAUUAAAUACAUUAGAGUUCCUGGAAGAAAUACAAUUUGUUUCCCAAGCAGUUGAUUUAGAGUCUCUUUCUCUCUUUGUCACAUAAUCGAAUGUAUCUCCUUUUCUGUUCAAUAAUUGGGUAUACUCAAUUGUGUAGAAGGAAUAAAAAUAUUCUUCCAUGCAGUUGAUUACGAAUGUCUCACUCUCGUUUCCUUUCUCUCUGUGUUUAAUGAUUGAAUACAUUCUAAAAAAAAAUACAAACUUUAUCCCAAGUAGUUGAUUAAGAUUCUCUCUCUCUCUCUCGCUCUCUAUUAGGUAAUAAAAAGCAUUUUCAUCAUUAUCUGUCCAAUAAUUGAAUGUACUUCUUCCAUGCAGUUGAUUUAGAGUGUCUCACUCUUGUUUCCUUUCUCUCUCUAUCCAAUGAUUGAAUACAUUCAAUUGUCUGGAAGAAAUAAAAUUUGUCUCCCAAUCAGUUGAUUUGGAGUCUCUUUCUCUCUUUGUCGUAUAAUCGAAUGUAUCUUCAUCUCUGUUCAAUAAUUAGGUUUACUCAAUUGUCUCGAAGGAAUAAAAAUAUUCUCCCAUAUAGUUGAUUAAAAUUCUCUUUCUCUCUCUAUAAGGUAAUCAAAUGCAUUUUCAUCAUUAUCUAUCCAAGAAUUUCAAUGUACUUCUUCCAUGCAGUUGAUUUAGAGUGUCUCACUUUCGUUUCCUUUCUCUAUUUAUCCAAUGAUUGAAUACGUUCAAGUGCCUGGAAGAAAUAAAAUUUGCUUCCCAGUCAGUUGAUUUAAAGUAUCUUUCUCUGUUUGUCACAUAAUCGAAUGUAUUUUCAUCUCUGUUCAAUAAAUGGGUGUACUCAAUUGUUUGGGAGGAAUAAAAAUAUUCUCACAUGCAGUUGAUUAAGAGUGUCUCAAUCUCGUUUCCUUUCUCUCUUUUCAAUGAUUAAAUAUAUUCUACUGCCUGGAAGCUGUAAGGUAUUUAUCAGUCUUAGACUUAAUGAAAAUAAGAAUAUUCCAUGCAUAAGUAAUAAAUUACUAUUGAGGAUUAUUUUACACUUUCAUCAUUCUUUACGACUAAUGCAACCAAAGCGCAUAGUUUUACAUUUACAGAGAUUCAGUGACAUACCAUUUCUCUAAUACCAGUCAAACGGGUUUUUCAGAUUAUAUUGCAAUUUUUCACACUUCUGGAAUGAUUUGACGAUACAGCUUGACUUCAGAUCAUUUGCAAAAAGCAGGUAAUUGCAGCAAGUCAGAUAUUCAAUAAUAUCAUUUUUGAAGACGUCAAAAAGUGCAAUUGAAAAGUGUAAAUUGUGUGGCACUGUAUCAAAUGCCUUGAAGAAGUCAGUGUAUAUUGUAUCCACCUGAAUAUCCUUCUCCAAGGCAUCCAAUCUACAAGGUCUAAAUUCAAAUUGUUGUUGCAAUCAUGGAUUAAUAGAUUUAACAGUGAGGACUGACAAUAAUAAAUUUUAAAUUAUAUGUUUGCAUGUUUUUGAGAUUGAAUUAUGUGAAUCAAUUUGUGAUUUUCUUGAAGGGUUUAUUAAUUUUUUUUAAUAAAAAAUAAUUAUUCUUAAAAAA